GGCUGGCUAAGUGUUAAGUCGAAACUGAUUACAGUGCUCCCAUGCUAUUUGUUGUUAAGCCCAAAGCUUCUUUUCAUUAGCAGACUUUCACAUUAUCAGGACAAGCAUGUGUGUGUGAGUGAGAGUGUGUGUGAGUGAGAGUGUGUGUGAGUGUGAGUGUGUGUGAGUGAGAGUGUGUGUGAGUGAGAGUGUGUGUGAGUGUGAGUGUGUGGACUGCGUAACUUACGAUGGUGUCCACAAACACGAAAGCCAGAAUGGCAGCCACAAACUCCAGAAUGAUGAUAACCACCAAUGCUAUAAUGUACUGUGAAAGAAGAGGCCUCCACAUGGCACAAGCCCCGAUGAUUCCAAUCGACGCCACGACCAUCGUGAUGAUCCCUCCGACGAGCAGCAGGGCA